GGCGUGGCCCAAGUGCCACGUAGUGGCAGCGUGUCCGCCCUGCGCGCUGCCAUUGGAUGGGCGAGGUUUGGGGGCGUGGCCACGCUGUCUGGGGCAGGGGAGAGCGGCAGUGGCGGUAGGACCUGAGUGGUGAGCGGCUCCCGAAAUGGAUUGCGAAGCCCUUAAAAAAUACUCAUCGUUACAUCCUAAACCUGCUGGACUUACACUUCAGUAUGGCACUGCUGGAUUUCGCACCAAGGCCGAACAGCUUGAUCACGUAAUGUUCCGCAUGGGUUUGCUGGCAGUUCUCAGGUCCAAAGCUGUGGCAUCUACUAUUGGCAUCAUGGUUACAGCAUCUCACAAUCCUGAAGAAGAUAAUGGUGUAAAGCUGGUUGAUCCUCUUGGAGAAAUGCUGCACCCUUCCUGGGAAGAGUAUGCCACACAGCUAGCAAAUGCAGAGGAGCACGAAUUACAGCAAACAAUAACUGCGAUCUGCCAAAAAGCAGAAGUGAACCAGCACAAGGAUGCUUUGGUUUUUAUUGGUAGAGACACCAGGCCAAGCAGUGAGAAACUUUCACAGUCAGUCAUAGAUGGUGUCUUCGUUCUAGGUGGUCAGUACCAUGAUUAUGGUCUGGUGACAACACCACAGCUACAUUACAUGGUCUGCUGUCAAAACACCCAAGGGCAGUAUGGGAAAGCAACGCUGGAAGGUUACUAUGAAAAACUGUCCAAAGCUUUUACAGAACUGAUAAAACAGUCUUCCAGCUCUGGAGAGAGUCAGAAGCAUCUGAAGAUUGACUGUGCUAAUGGAAUAGGAGCCCUGAAACUAUCAGAAAUGGAGCCCUACUUUCCAAAGGAGGUGCUAAUUCAGCUAUAUAAUGAUGGAACCAAGGAGAAACUCAAUCACUUAUGUGGUGCAGAUUUUGUGAAGGUUCACCAGAAACCCCCUAGAGGGCUGGACAUGAAGCCCAAUGAGAGAUGCUGUUCAUUUGAUGGUGAUGCAGACAGAAUUAUUUAUUACUAUCAGGAUGCAACUGGCCUUUUCCACCUAAUCGAUGGAGAUAAAAUAGCAACUUUAAUUAGUAUCUUCCUUAAAGAACUUCUUGCCAAGGUGGGACAGACUUUAAAUAUGGCAGUGGUACAGACAGCGUAUGCCAAUGGGAGUUCCACACGCUAUCUUGAGGAAACACUGAAGGUACCUGUGCACUGUGUUAAAACAGGAGUGAAACACCUGCAUCACAAGGCCCAGGAGUUUGAUGUUGGUGUUUAUUUUGAGGCAAAUGGCCAUGGAACGGUGUUAUUUAGCAAAGCUGCUGAAACUAAAAUAAGACAACUGGCAAAAGAAGAGAAAGACAAUGAAAAGAGAGAAGCAGCAAAGAUGCUUGAAAACAUGAUUGACUUGAUUAAUCAGACGGUUGGAGAUGCUGUGUCAGACAUGUUGGUUAUCGAAGCAAUCCUGGCUUUGAAAGGUCUGACUGUGCAACAGUGGGAUGCUGUCUACACUGACCUUCCAAAUCGGCUGCUCAAAAUUCAGGUUGCAGACAGGAGAGUCAUUGACACAACAGAUGCAGAACGGCGAGCAGUUACACCCCCAGGACUGCAGGAGAAAAUUGAUGCCCUUGUAAAGAAGUACAAAUUGUCACGAGCAUUUGUCCGUCCAUCAGGAACAGAAGAUGUGGUUCGAAUAUACGCUGAAGCUGACACACAGGAGAAUGCGGAUGCCCUGGCCCAUGAAGUAAGCCUGGCUGUUUACCACCUCGCUGGUGGAAAAGGAGCACCACCCCAGCCCAUAUAAUGAGUGAUACAACUGCAGUUAACAUUCAUUACUUGACUUAUUUUUAAAUACUCCUUUCUUCACCAUUUGCUAGUGUGGACAUAUAAAACCCUUCCUUAGAGCAUCAAGAAUUGAUCAGAACUGAACAGAAUAUUCUUUACCUCUAUAAGCAACUUACCUCUUAAUGAGAUGCUGAAUGUUUCCCUCCUGCCCUGAGUUUGUCUAACUUCUGAAGCUGGUGACUCCCUUGUUGAUAGGCAGGGGCCUAGUUGUGCCUGGAAGGAAUUCCACCUCCCACCCAUCUUAUUUCACAGGUUCAUAGGUGUGCCUGACAUCCAAAUCCCACAAACUCAGAAAGCUGGUGGCAGCUGCGUUUGACUCUGCUUACAGAUCCCCACGUUUCCCAGCAACCGAAUCAUCUAGGGGCAAAUGAAGUAAGGCAGAGGCUGGUCCCCCGAUUCAGUUUGCCUCAACUCAAGGGGGAACAACAUAAUGAAAAAGAGCAUUUGCAAAUAAUAAUGUGUUACUGGAACAAUAUCUUCAUUAGAUACUUUCAUGAAAUUACAGUAUUGCUUAGAAUGUAAUUAAUAGUAAUAGUAUUUAUAAUCACAUUGAAGACGGAAGGAAGAGACAAGUUUGUCUUCUUUAGGUUAGAUAUAAUGAAAUAGAUCUUUACUGUGAGGGUGGUGAGGCCCUGGCACAGGUUGCUCAGAGAAGCUGUGGCUGCCCCAUCUCUGGCACUGUUCAAAGCCAGGUUGGAUGGGGCUUUGAGCAACCUGGUCUAGUGAAAG